AGGAGCCUUCAGUCAGGCCACUCUUGAGGGACCCCGGCAUUGCUGACAUUCCUGACACGAAUGGCAGCCGUGUCAGCGCUGAGGUAAAGCAGCGCCUCCUGACAGUCACUCAUUACACCAGGAACUACUGUAGUCACUGGGUGAAGAAAAGGGAAGUUGCUGCCAGAGAGCCACUCAUCAGGCCACUCAGGGAGUCCGCUGGGCUGAGCUGUUUUUGGCAGUGGCCAGUCUCUGCACGGAAAUGCAGGACAACAGAUCUACGUGAACAACACAGGGUUUCAGAAACAAUAUAAGAGAAAAAAAUUCAACAGACGUUUACAUUAAUCUGGACUAAAAACAAUCUUACCAGGCGAAGAAUUCUUCUUCAGGAGUCUAUGGUAAGUUGUUUAUCCUAGUGCUUAGUUACUGAAGAAUUGUCUUUGCUUCAAUGAUUUAAAUGUACUGGUUUCCUUCUUAAUGCACAACAAUGUGUACAGCGUCAUAAUACAGAUGCAUUGUGCACAGGCACCAGCUGAACCAGCAGUUAUAUAUAGUGUUUACUAAAUGUUAUGUAAUUUGUUAUUUGCACACUGAACUACAAAGCAUUCCACCUGCAGUUGUUUGUUGUUUGUUGUUGUUUUUUUUGUUUUGUUUUUUGAGAGGGCUAACAUGAUCACACCAAAUCUUGGAAGUUCUUUGAGAACAUCAUAGAAAUUAAGCUGUCAAGUCUUGCAAAUGACAUAUAUGUGCACAACGUAUUUGGGACUUUUAUGUAGUCAUCAAAGUAGGGUAAUGUUCAAUUCUAUUCUAUUACUUAUCUUCUACUCUUAUUGCAUAAUUCGUAAUUGCAUUGUUUUAGACAUUUUAGGUAGCCUGCCUUUCUGCACUCAGAUGUCUGGAGGCAUUUUCCCUGCUUGUGAGGGCCUGUGGGAGUCAGACUAUGCCAGCUGCCACCCCAUGGUGUGCCACCUGUGCCACGGGCAGUACCAGCAGCCGUGUCUUCUGGACUGCUACCACAUCUUCUGUGCCAGCUGCUUGCAUGGCAGAAUCUGUGACAACCGCCUCAACUGCCCCCUCUGUGGAUACCCCACGGUGGUGAAGGGCCUAAACGCACUUCCACCUGAGGACCGUCUGCUCAAGUUUCUGGUAGACAACUCGUCUGACAGCCAGGAGACUGUGCAGUGUGCCAACUGUGACAUGGAGAGCAGGAUACAGGAUGCUGUGGAGAUGUAUUACUGUAACACCUGCAGCCAGCCUCUGUGUGCGGAGUGCAGGGAGAUUACCCACAAGGCUAAGAUGUUCUCCCAGCACGAGAUCGUCUCUCUGGUCAAACGCGCCAAGGAGGGCCACAGAAAGUGCAGUCUCCAUGACGAACCCUACAUUAUGUUCUCCACGGAGAAGAAGUCCAUGCUGUGCAUCAACUGCUUCAGAGACAUGCAGGUAGAGAGCCGGACUCACUGCAUUGACAUUGAGACGGCCUAUGCUCAGGGCUGUGAGAUACUCGACCAGGCUGUGAUGGCAGUGAAGGAACUGCAGACUUCAGCGCGGGAGGCCAUCAUCCUGCUAAAAGCCAUGAUUGGUGAGGUGCGAAGCAACGUGGAGGAGGAGGAGAGCGCCAUCUGCUGCCUCUUCAAAUGCAUGCAAGAGAAGCUGGCAGAGAGAAAGGAGAUCCUCCUGAGGGCUGCCCAAAGCCAGCAUGAGGAGAAGGAGAGAGCGAUGAAGGAACAGCUCUCACACUUGGCUGCUUUCCUCCCAACUCUCCAGGUUCACCUGGUCGCAUGUUCUGCUUUCCUCAGUUCAGCCAACAAGUUUGAGUUCCUGGAUAUGGGCUAUCAGCUGAUGGACCGUCUGCGGAAAAUAGUGAAGCUGCCCCACAGACUGAGGCCGACACAGAGCUGUAAGAUUAACACAGACUACCAUGCAGAGUUUGCCCGCUCCCUGGAGCCCCUGCUGCCGCUGGGUCAGAGAAGACCACCAUCCAUCACCGGAGGGUCCAGCAUCUGCGGCUGGCUCCAGUCCCCCAUGUCCAUGCCAUGCGGCUCCCCGUCCCUCAGUGACAUGCCUCUGGGUUCCUCUGGGGGGCGCCGGCCCGCCUCCCACCGCUACAUCAGCACCAAGGUCCUUCUGGCCGAGGGGGGAGACACACCCUUCGCCGAGCACUGCCGCAACUAUGAGAACUGCUACAGGACCCUCCAGACAGAGAUGCAGAAGCUGAAGGACCAGGUCCAGGCCAUGCACAGGGACUUGACCAAGCACCACUCCAUCAUCAACACCGACAGCAUUGAGGAGGUCCUGGAGAAGUCUCUGCACGUAGACAGCCAGAUCACCUCCCAGUAUUCGUCCGUGCAGACUAUGAGAGCCCUGUUUGAAGAGAUAUGGGAAGAGACCUUUCAGCGAGUCACGAACGAACAGGAGAUUUAUGAAGCCCAGCUCCACGACCUGCUGCAGCUAAAACAGGAGAACUGCUAUCUGACGACUAUUGCCCGUCAGAUCGGGCCAUACAUUUUGUCCAUAGCGAAAGUUAAGGAACGACUGGAGCCGAGGAACCAGGAACCUAAACAUCUUGAGGAUGAUCGAACAGAGACCAUGCUGAAGAUAUACGAGGACAGCACCACAAGCCCUGAGUCAAAGCCACACAGGAACCAGGAACCUAAACAUCUUGAGGAUGAUCGAACAGAGACCAUGCUGAAGAUAUACGAGGACAGCACCACAAGCCCUGAGUCAAAGCCACACAGUGACACUGAAAUCCAGUUGAGUGACUACAAAUGGGACCCAGAUACAGAAAAUCACACCCUGAUACUGCCACCUGAGAAGCUUAAAACCAGUGACUACAACUGGCCAGGCAAGCAGAUUAGCCAGGAGACAACCAAUCACAAUGAGAUACAACUUUAGAGCCAACCAGGAGGGACCCAGAGACACCCCCUAUUUGUACCAUCUCCCCCUCCUUCGUUUAGUGGCCCAGCACCUCCAUAUCCAUGGUCUGUUAGCUUAAUAUCCAGGCAACACGGCUCUGUAGUCUGGACUUGUUCUUUCAUCCUCAGGCCAUGGGCCGCCAUAUUGGAGACUGAUCCGUGGAGCACCACUGAAACAGCAAGUGUCAAUAAAUGGAGAAAAAAAAAUGGUCAUUGAUCGAGGUUGUAAAAAACGAUCAGCAUUGAUCGUGAUUGUGAUCUACUUCGUGAAUAAGUUAUGUAUGGUUAUGAUGAAGCGGUUGCCUUUUUGGGUAGCGAUCCAGUGUAAGUGGAGAAGACUGAGCUGAAUGAUGGGGUCUUGCCCCACGUGGACCUCUAGGGGGAAACAUUGAGCAGAGACCUUACCGUGCUUGUCUGGCUCUAACUCACUCUUAAAGAGGCUGUGUGACUGUGUUUGGUGUUCCGAAAACAUUGUAAAUCAACUGAAAAAAUGUAUUUUUGCAUAUUCCCUAAUAUUUAUACUGCUGAAUAAGAUUGUAGUGAAAUAACUGAAAUUAACUUUAAAACUUAAAUCUUGAAUCUUUUCAUAUGAUUGAAUUUUCUUUCAUGCAUUUUUUUUUGCGAUAUAUCAUAAAAAUCAAAUACAUUAUAAGUGACCAUUCAUGAAGAUGUUGCCAUGUUUACAAGCUUUAAGCAUUUGCCAUCUUACCCGUAAAGGGUUAUAGAUCCCACAGCAGUGAACAGCCGUAAUUCAGCUAAGGUAUAAAAGCAACCAAUGUUACUGCAGGAGAGAUUAUGAUUUAAUUGAUCCCUGGGAAAUGUGUCAGCAUCUAUAAGAACAUCUGACGGUGUUAGCUGAUUUACAUAUCUACACUUAAUGACCUGCUGCGUUUUAAAUAUAUUCUGCAUUGUC